UGCUCCGCUCUGCGUGUGUGUAGGAGAAAUUACGAGACAGAGAGGGCCACUCUGUUGUGGAGGAGGACUAGGCGAUCGAAUACACAUCAGAUUUUCAUUAUUUUUUAUUUUUUUUUAAAUAGACUGCAACGGUGUUGCAGAGGAGGCUUUGUGUCGGUUUUCUCUACGCUGAACUGAUUCUGAUUUUGGACCUUGGUGCUCUUCUUGUAUCUAUGGGCUCGGUAGGCGCAUCUCUCGCCUCCCGAUAGGACAUAACGGGCAGGGCUGCGUCCUAAUAAUUAUUUAUUUCGCAUCCGCUGCGCCGCAACGUUGGGAGAAACGUGAUCGUGAGGCUGCGAUAACGGCUCGGUGAUCAUGGAUUAAUACCCGAGUAAAUUUUCUUCUGAGAGGUUCCCAAUGUUGAACAUGUCCACCCCUAGCGAGCUGAAGUCUCCCUGCGUGACUCGCAACGGUCUGGUCAAACUGCCCCCCAGCCAGCCUAACGGUCUGGGCAGUGCAAGCAUCACCAAGGGGACACCUGCUGCCAAGAAUCGUUUGUGUCAGUCCUCCUCAGUACCCUCUAUCCUACCCCCUCCACCAUCAUCCCUUCCCUACCACCACCACCUGGACGGCCCUGGCAUGCCCAACUCAGCAGCCUCUCUGUUGGGCUCUGACCUGGAGCCUGGAAUGCCUCUGGUGGGCUUGAAGCCAUCUCUUCGUCAGCUUCCCCCUCUCACUCUACCAAAACCCAUGUUGCUGGAGCGCCAGCUUGUUCUUGAUGAGAAGCUACUCAACAGGUUGCUCUGGUACUUCACCACAGCUGAAAAAUGUAUCUUGGCGCAGGUAUGCAAAACAUGGCGCAAGGUGUUGUACCAACCCAAGUUUUGGGAGGGCGUGACACCCAUCUUGCAUGCCAAGGAGUUAUAUACCCUGCUGCCCAAUGGGGAGAAGGAGUUUGUCAGUCUGCAGGCUUUUGCCCUACGUGGCUUCCAGUCAUUCUGCUUAGUGGGUGUGUCAGACCUGGACAUUUGUGAGUUCAUCGACAACUACCCGCUGUCCAAGAAAGGUGUUCGCUCAGUCAGCCUCAAGAGGUCAACCAUUACAGAUGCUGGUUUGGAGGUUAUGUUGGAGCAAAUGCAAGGCCUGAUGCAUCUUGAACUGUCAGGCUGCAAUGACUUUACAGAGGCCGGCCUGUGGUCCAGUCUGAAUGCCCGGCUAACUUCCCUCAGUGUCAGUGACUGCAUCAAUGUGGCAGAUGACGCCAUUGCUGCUAUCUCACAGCUCCUUCCCAACUUAUCAGAGUUGAGCCUCCAGGCCUACCACGUAACUGACACAGCAAUGGCUUAUUUCACAGCCAAACAGGGCUACACCACCCACACUCUACGGCUUCACUCCUGCUGGGAAAUCACCAAUCACGGUGUGGUCAACAUGGUGCACAGCCUUCCCAAUCUGACUGCCCUCAGCCUCUCUGGCUGCUCCAAGAUCACUGAUGAUGGUGUGGAACUGGUUGCUGAGAACCUGCGUAAGCUCCGGAGUCUUGACUUGUCCUGGUGCCCACGGAUCACUGACAUGGCCCUGGAGUACAUCGCCUGUGACCUUCAUAAACUGGAAGAACUGGUGCUGGACAGGUGUGUGCGGAUCACGGACACUGGCUUAGGCUACUUGUCCACCAUGUCAUCAUUAAGGAAUCUCUACCUGCGCUGGUGCUGUCAGGUGCAAGACUUUGGGCUGCAGCAUUUGUUUGGAAUGAGGAGUCUUCGUCUACUGUCUCUUGCAGGCUGCCCCCUGCUGACUACAACUGGUCUGUCAGGCCUCAUCCAACUGCAGGAGCUGGAGGAGCUGGAGCUGACCAACUGCCCUGGGGCCACUGCUGAGCUUUUCAAAUACUACUCCCAGCACCUGCCCCGCUGCAUGGUCAUCGAGUAAGACCACUGACCCAUCCCACCUACCUACUGACCGACCGACCGAUUGAUCACCAUACUUCUACCUUCACCCUCCUUCCUCUUCCUCAUUCUUUUUGCAAAUGCUAGUCAGGAGACUGACCUCAUUACCUGCCCCCCCCCCACUCGCCCGUCUUCCUCCACACCCCAUUGAGUAGACUGACCCAUAGGCAGACAAAGAGGCGGGAAGACAGAUGAUGGUAGAUGCCAGAUCAGAGGAUGAUGGGAUGGUAUUUGAGCUUCAUUUGAGAUGAUGCUUGAGUGAAGAGCUUGGUGUGACGUCUUGUCUGACAGCAAGUUUCUCUUGCAGAUCAACACAAUGAUUUGUUUACAGGGGAGAGCUUCUCUAAAGACGCUGAUGAUUAUUUUUGCAGCAUAGAGGAAUAAGGAAAAGCGAAAUAAAGACUUUUGUGUUUGAGCUGAUAUGGUGGAACUGACACAUGUGCUCACACACAUACACACACACACACACACACACACACACUGUAUAUGGUAAGUGAACACAUGUAAGUCCUGAUGACCAUGAGUACUGACGUUUCUAUUGCCACCACUAUGUGUAAUAUAACUGCUGUUAUUUUUUUUUCUCAGAAAAUGUCAAAGGUCAACUUUUCUCUUGUUUAGAGAGACACCAUACGCCAGCUGGAGAAACAAGAAUCAGAGAGAACUAACGAUACAGGUCAGGAGGUAAAUGACAGGGAUGGGACUUCUCUCUCACUUUUUCUCCCUUCCUCAUGUGUGUGUUAUGGACUCACAGGUUCCUGUCUUUUUGAGAUAACACCAUGUUUUUCCAUCUCUGUGUCUUAAAAAAAAUCCAGAAAAUAACAGUUUACAGUGUUUGACUUGAUUGGCUCUUUAUUUCACAUUUCCCCCUCUCUUCUUCAUUUCUCGACGAUUUAAUUUACAGAUGUGGAUGAUAAGCUAUUGUAAACUGUGAAUGUUGUGUUUGUAAAAGGAUGACGUAUCACUGAGGCAGUGCAACAUGAACAAGUCAGUCAAAUGGAAAAUGGAGUGUGCAGAAAGCAUUAGACUUUAAUGCUUAAGAGUUUCUGCUGGGGAUACAAUGCAUUUCUAUCAAACGAGGAAGGAUAAUAGCAUCAAGAUUAGAAAAUAAGGGAACUGUGGGACUCAAACUGACAGUGAUAUAUUAUAUUUCUGGACUCAAAGUAAUGAAUUAACUUAAGUAACAUCAUCAACAUCAGAGGGAGUAUGGAAACCAGGUGGUGGUGAGCUAGCUUGGUCUAAAUUACAGGACAUUUGGUUUAGGAAUUUAAGUCUUCUUCUUCUUUUCAUCUUAUUAAUAUAAACACAUGUUGACCAGUGCGUAAAUUUGAACUUGUGUGGUCCUAAAUGUGGAAUUUAAUUUUGUGACCCCCCCUUGGUAAGGUUACAUCUCAUUUGAAAAGGAAGAAUAGGGGAUUUCAGUAUUUAAUACUAGACCAGCUCUUAAAAUGCCCACUACAGGCCAGGGCCAUUGUUAUGUGGCACAUUUUAAAACACAGUUUAGUUUGUGGAAAUGUUACUAUUUUUUCUACAAAACCAGAGCUUAAGAAAGUUAUGAAUGGCCUUUCUCUGUUUGAAAUCAUGUUAAGCCUUUGCUUAGCUCAACUAAUUGAUGUCAGUGGAAUCAAGUAGCAGCGCCUUAGUCCUCAACCCUGCAAUUGUUGGCUAAUCCAACUCUAAAUUUUGAUUUAAGGUUUAGAUUAAUGGGACAUAUUUGAUGAAACAACAACUGACAUGAAUGUUUUUUUUUUUUAGCUAAUUGUGAACAUUCUUUAGCAGUAGCCUUCAAGGCUCUACACCCCUUUUGGGGAAUCAAGAAAAGUCCAGCCUAUCCAGGGUUAAAGACAAACACAGGUGUACAUAAACACAAUCUGUGUUUACAUAAUAAUCAUAAUAAUAGCUGCAAUCAGGAUAAAAAAUCCUCAUGUACCCAUCACUCAGGAGACUGAAAAUGUCCUCUGGUUGGAAUAAGUACUGUGUAUUCUUUCUGUGCAUGUUUGUCUCAUGUGGGACUGACAUAAGGUGACAGAAACAUGGCAGCGAGUUAAUACAGUUAGAGAUCUUAAAAGACUGAACAGAUCCGUAAUUUUUGUUCCCAGGACACAAUGUGGGUUAAUUUGAAAACUACAUCAACAAGCAGAACAAAUGCAUAAGUGAACGAAUGAAUUACAGUUUCUUAGUGAAGUUGUAAAAAAUAUGUCCUCUGCUGUUAUAUUUUUGGGAUGAUAGGCAUUUCACAGGAGGCAGAGACACUUUGCAUAUAUUCAAAAAGUGGUUCUGAUUAGAUGCCUUGGGGCCAUAUGAAUGGUGAAAUUUUUAAGAAACACAAACACACAUCCUUAAACUGAACUGAACCGCUUAACUGAUACAAAAAGGCAUCUGCGAGUGCGUGUGAAAUUGAGUAAGAAGAAAAAAUAGUACAGUUUCCCAUAAACCAAAACAUUUAUUCACCAUGGAAAUAAGUUAGUUGUGGUUUUUUCCCCACAAUUCUCUGAUAUUAAAAGGAAAUGAAUGAGCCAAACAGUGAGCUGCUUUUUGCCUGUUGUGUGUCCUUAGAUGUGCUGACUGCCAACUGAAGGGUCUUGGAUCAGUCUCAGCCAGUAUUACAUUGUGCCAAAUGCAUCUGCAGCAGCACAUAAAAUGUGGCUGAUUGCCUGUAGCUGAUCACUGACUUCACUAAACAGACUGAGUGUGUGCUGUGUGGAUAUGCAGACCAUGCAUGUUGUUAGUUGGACUGCGUUUUUGUUUCAUGAAGGGUCAUUUUAGAGGUUCCUCUGAAUCUCUUCUUUGUACAUACAUUUAUUUAUUUAUUUAUUUAUUUAUUUAUGUAUUUAUUUAUUUAUUUAUUUAUUUAUUUAUGUAUGUAUGUAUGUAUUUAUUUAUCUAUCUAUCUAUCUAUCUAUCUAUCUAUUUAUUUCAUUAAGUUAAUUUCAUUAAGUCGUGUCUUGUGUUCUGUUUUAUGGAACUUGCUUCAAAUUUGGGCCUGAAUUAUCUUAUGCAUUGAUUUGCUAAUUGAUUUAUGCUAAUUGAUUUGUUUUCAUUAAUAUGGUUAUUAUUAUUUCCAACAUGUCAGAACCUAAGUGAAAUAAUCUACCUAUUACACAUUGAACAUAUACCACCAUUAAUGUCAUUAAGACUGACUUAAAGUUUGAAUCCUCAGAAUACGCAAGAUUUUUCUCUGUGCAAAUGUGUGUCAACUUGUACUGCUGUCAGGUCCGUCAUUAAGAAUAUGGUGAUAAACACUGGUGAUAUGAUAUAUUUACUGUCAUUAUCCUGAAUGUGGAAAUACGGAGUAUGAUGUAUACCAAUCAUCCACAACAUUAAAACCACUGACAUGUGAAGUGACAUGCAGAUCAUCUUUUUACACUGCAGUGUUCUGCUUGGAAUGCUCCUAGCAUUCAUUUGGAUGCUGCUUUCAUAUUCAACACCCGCCCAAACAUCCAAUCCACAGAGGCCCAACACAGUACCUCCGAGGAUGUCCUGAGGUGUCUGUCUCAGUGGAUCAGAUACGCGAUGAGAUUGGGAUCUGGUUAAUCUGGAGGCUAGGGUGAGCUAUUUUUUUUCACAUGUCUUGGGCCAU